UUGAAAUUCAUGGGAUUUCAUGAACUGGGCUGAAUCUGUGGAAGAUGAAGAUAAAGGUGAUAACCACGAGACUUCCUCACUCAACAGGUAAUCCUUCAUUCAUUUUUACCUUUCUGCACAAAAAAGAUGGAUUUCAGUCCGCUGCUGGUAAUACUAAUGCUACUAGUACAGAUAGAUUUAAACGAACCCAUUCGGAAUCUGACAAAUUGAUUCAAACUCGAUGCAAAUCUGGAAAUAUUAGGAAAGAUGAAGCAUUGGGUUACUUCGAUUCCAUGAUUCAAACCAAACCCUUGCCCUCUAUUUGGACUUUCAAUUGUUUGUUUGGGGCACUCUCCAAGAUGAAGCAAUAUUUUUCCGUGGUUUCUAUGUGUAAACAGUUGAUGGGUUGCGCUCAAUUCCGACCUGAUGUCAGUACGAUGACUAUUUUUCUGAAUUGCGUGUGCCGUCUGAACCGGGUGGAUUUGGGUUUCUCUGUUUUAGCAAUUACCCUUAAAUACGGUCUUCAACCCGAUGCUCAUUCUAUAAAUACUUUGCUCAAUGGACUAUGCAAGAAUAGUUCUCUGGCCGAGGCAAUGGAGCUGUUCAAGUUAAUAGAAGAAAAGGGAUACACAUGCAAUGAAAUCACUUAUGCUACCAUGAUCAAUGGGUUAUGCAAGGCUGGGAAAACUUCUAAGGCACUCGAGAUACUAAUGAAGAUGUGGGAAGAUGGAAGGUUCAAGCCCAACCAAGAAUGCUACAAUCCAAUCAUUGAUAACCUCUGUAAAGAAAGACGAAUAGACGAGGCCUUGACCCUAUUUCGAGAUAUGAUCAGCAAAAGUGUUGUACCGAAUGUUUUCAAUUAUAACACAUUGAUUCAUGGGUUAUGCAACACGAGUCGCUGGGAAGAAGUGCUCUCUCUUUUUUAAGGAAUGGUAGAUCAAGGAGUCAAGCCUAAUGUUGUCCUGUACAACACACUAAUUUAUGCAUUGUGCCAAUCGGGGG